GUCGGUCAUUGCAAAGGUGUCGUCUUUAAUUGAACAAUGUCUUCCCAAGGGCUUCAGAUCAUGGGUGUAGUCACAGCCCUUCUGGGUUGGCUGGGGGUCAUUGCCGUGUGUGCUUUGCCCCAGUGGAAGGUGUCUGCCUUCAUUGGUGCCAACAUAGUCACAGCACAGAUCAUGUGGGAGGGUAUGUGGAUGAACUGUGUGGUACAGAGCACCGGACAAAUGCAGUGCAAAGUCUACGACUCCAUGCUGGCACUCAGUUCUGACCUUCAGGCCGGUCGGGCCAUGAUCAUCGUCUCCAUUUUGACCGGACUCUGUGGAAUCAUCAUUUCCGUGGCUGGAGGAAAGUGCACCAACUGUAUUGAGGAACCAGGCUCCAAAGCAAAGGCGUGCAUCGUUGCGGGCAUUCUCUUCAUCGUCUCCGGACUUUUAUGUCUUAUCCCGGUGUCAUGGUCGGCAAACACGAUCAUCCGAGACUUCUAUAAUCCCUUGAUGGUGGAUUCCCAGCGGAGGGACAGCUUCAACAUGGGAAGGAUUGCUAAAGAGGUUUCCGGUCAGAUACUGUGCUUCAUCGGUUUCGUUGGCAUAUGCAUCUGUUGCGGCAUUCCCCUGUGGCGUGUCACUUCGUACAUCGGCGCCAACAUCGUCACGGCUCAAAUCAUCUGGGAUGGUUUGUGGAUGAAAUGCGUAAUCCAGAGCACAGGACAGAUGCAGUGUAAAGACCAAGACUCAAUAAUGCAACUGACGACGGACUUGCAGGUGGCCCGUGCCCUGACAAUCAUCGCAAUAUUGGUCGGCUGUGUCGGAAUGCUUUUGACGUUUGUGGGUGGACGGUGCAGCAGUUGUCUGAAGAAUGAGAACUCCAUGGCAAAAGUCCUCAUCCUGGGUGGCAUCCUAUGCAUCGUAGCCGGAGUCCUUUGCCUCAUCCCUGUCUGCUGGUCAUCUGCGUAUACCAUCGCAGAUUACCAGAGUACUCUCACCAUCCAGACCCAAAAGCGGGAGCUUGGGGCAUCCAUAUACAUUGGUUGGGGUGCUUCAGGGUUUCUUCUGUUCGGAGGGAUCAUUUUAUGUACUGCCUGCCCCUCAAGAGAUGACAUGUAUCCAAAUAACCGAGGCAUGUACACCUAUCAAGCACCUAUGUACGGACCUCCGGGAGCUUAUUUACCUCCCAAAACAUAUGCACCUAGUGUUGCAUUUUCUGGAACAGGGACGUAUGUCCCUAACAAACCUAAUUACUCAGCUGUUCCAGGACAAUAUGUUUAACGGACACCUCUUCAAAUAUAGUGCAUGUUAACUUUUACAUGUAAACUGUAUUAACAUUAGUGUUUUAUUAUAUGAAGCACUAAACACAAUUUCUAUUUUUGAAGUUUAUUUCCUAAACUCUGAACGGAGUUAAUGUGGGAAGACUUGUUUGUCCUCUUUUUUACUUGUCAUUCCAGUUGUUCUACUGCUAAAUAUGUUGUCAUGCUAAUGACAUUCAAUGUGUACAUACUACAGUGCUUUGUUUCAAUAUAGUCAAUGAUUUUGGUGUCUGCGUAUACGUGUCCUUCACGCAAAUCAUGCUUGUUUGAUGUCAUCAAGAAUAAUGUAACUUUUCAACACAAAAUGGGAUUCAUUUAUGUAUAUUAAAGCAUAUAUUUUGCAAUAUCA